AUGAUGAAGGAUAUGGCAUCCUCAAGACUGGAAGAUUUAUGCCUCCACAUCAAUAUGAAGAUUUCAGAAAUUAAAAAGUGUCUCCUAUUGAGAGACAUAGGUGAGGAUGAUUUCUACAAGCCUAUGCUCCGUAAAAUACAGAAUGAGGUGGUCCUUGUACAUGAUCUCCUGAAUAAAAUGGAAAAUGAAGUUAAACAGCAAGAAAAACUGAAAGAUUCACUCAAAGAGAUGCAGAAGGCUGCUGAGAGAGAUCAGAAGGAAGCACAGCACCUCCUUGAACACAUUCCACGCUAUCUGCCUAAACCCCAGAGCUGCAACACCGUGCCAGCUGUGAAACACAAUGGAGAAACAGAGGCUGUAGAACCCAUCACGGAGAAGAAAGAGAAGAAACCUGCAAAAGAGAAAAAACCCAUUAAAGAAGCACCAUUAAUAACCAUGGAGGAGUUUGAAAAUGUUCCUGGGUAUUUGAAAGGCCGAAUAACAUAUGAUCAGAUUAAUGCAGUUGUUCAAGAGAUUAACAAGGCCGUGGUGGGCAAGUACAAGAUCUUGUAUCAGCCUUUGAAGUCUAUGAGUGCACCAGUCAGAAACCUCUACCACAGGUUCAUAGAAGAAGAAACUAGGGAUACAAAAGGAUCGUUUUUCAUUGUGGAGGAUGAUAUCAAGAUGUUCACUCACCUGAAAUUGGACAAGAAGUUCCACAGCAUCCUCAGCAUCCUGAGGCACUGCCAGAGAGUGAGAGAGAUCCGUGGCUCGGGGCUCAUCCGCUACGUCAUCUGCUAACAGCUCCCCAUGAGUGACCAGACACCCUGCCCUGCUCUCCAGCAGGGCCAGACAGACAGGGGUUUUCGGGCAUCUACCCUAAAUUAGGAGUGGCGUUCAAGUAUUUGAGUUUUAAUUUGCAAAGUUAUGGGAACUAUAAACCCGCACCAGAAAGUCAGCUAGGCGCAUUUUAUGGUCAGUAAAGUUCUCUGCAUUUUGACCAUGUUCCUUUGGUCCUUUUGUGUUUCUGAGUGUUUUUUUUUUCUUUUUUUCUCUUUCUCUCAGAGAAUUUUUCUCCCGUUUGUUGCCUAAGAGAUGAGAACAAUGGAUAUUGGAGACAAAAGAUGUGGCAGCAGAGGGGUGGGACUGUGAGGUGGGGAGGAAAAGGGAUGCAGUUUGGCACUGUCCCUUAGCUGUGGGGAUUUCUCUUAGG